AUGCCGGCCGAAAAGCGUGUCAAGUAUAUUCUGGUGACCGGAGGUGUCAUCUCGGGUGUCGGCAAGGGAAUCAUCUCGUCGAGUUUGGGUGUUUUGCUCAAAAAUAAUGGUUACAAGGUCUCCGCCAUCAAAAUCGACCCGUACCUCAACAUCGAUGCGGGAACCUUCUCCCCAUACGAACACGGAGAAGUCUUCGUCCUUGAUGAUGGAGGAGAGGUUGAUUUGGAUCUGGGAAACUACGAACGCUUCUUGGACAUCCGCCUGACAAGAGAUAACAAUAUCACCACUGGAAAAAUGUUCAAACAUGUGAUGGAGAGAGAAAGAAGAGGAGAUUACUGUGGAAAGACAGUUCAAAUGAUUCCCCAUCUCACUGAUGCUAUUGUGGAUUGGGUUGAACGUGUCGCCCAGAUCCCUGUAGAUGGAACUAACGAGCAACCGGAUGUGUGUAUCAUUGAAUUGGGAGGAACUAUUGGGGAUAUCGAAGGAAUGACUUAUCUCUCAGCCUUCGAAAGAUUCCAACGUCCAACUCUUAAGAAUCACCUCAUGAAUGUCCAUGUUUCCUUGAUACUCCAUCCAAACGCCACCGGAGAACCCAAAACGAAGCCAAUGCAGAACUCAGUUCGCCAUUUGAGAGCCGCUGGUCUUGUUCCGGAUCUCCUCAUUUGCCGAUCAACAGAACAACUGGAUCCACACCUUCGGGAGAAGAUUGCUCGAUUCGGAAUGAUGGAUUUGGAACAAGUUGUUGGUGUACACGAUGUUUCGAAUAUAUACAAGGUCCCACUGCUUCUACAGCAACAGGGAGUUUUGGAGGCGAUUAAGCAUCGUUUGAAAAGAGUUGAAAUUCACCAUGAAACACUGGACCAACCUUUCAGAGCUGUAAGAAAGUUACCUUAUCAAAUCUCUUUAUCUGUAUCUUUCAGAUGUGACACAUUCCAACAAGUUGUGAAUAUUGCUCUGGUCGGAAAGUACGUCAAAAUAGCAGAUGCCUACGCUUCGGUCAACAAGGCUCUCUCGCAUGCAGCUAUACACGCCAAGAGAAAGCUCAAGAUCAUCUACGUGGAUUCAGAAUUGUUGGAGAAGGCCGGAGAGCAAUCGGAAGCAGCUUGGAAUCAGGUCAAGGCUGCUGACGGAGUAAUCGUACCAGGAGGUUUCGAUCGUCGUGGUGUCGAAGGAAUGAUCAAGUGUGCCGAGUACUGCCGUAAGAACAAUGUUCCAUAUCUCGGAGUCUGCCUUGGCAUGCAAGUUGCCGCUGUUGAAUUCGCCAGAAACGUUUUGGGAAUCCAGGGAGCUAAUUCUACGGAAUUCAAUGCGGAUCUUCAUGAAGAUCAACAGAUCGUCAUCGAUAUGCCAGAGCAUAAUGUUGAAGAGAAAGGAUUGGGAGGCACGAUGCGUCUCGGAAGACGUUCAACUGUCUUCCUCACUGAUGACUGCACACUUCACCGUCUCUAUGGAGCGCACACCGUCGAAGAACGUCAUCGUCAUCGUUACGAAGUGAAUCCACGUGUCGUCCCUCAGAUGGCUCGUAAAGGAUUCUUGUUCGUCGGAAUGGGUGUCGACGAGCAGAAUACGGACAUUUGGGAUGUGAAAAAGAGAACGGAUAGCUCGGCGGAGCUGAUGCAAAUGGCCGAUAAGGCUGAAAUUGAUUUGCUUCACAAAAUUGACGAUUUGUGUCACAGAGGAGGAGACGGUGUGACUCGUCCAGCCGUCAGAAUGGAAAUGUUCGAGAUGAAGGACCACCCAUACUUUGUCGGUGCUCAAUUCCAUCCCGAAUACCUCUCUCAUCCACUCACACCAUCUCCACCAUUCUUCGGUCUCCUUCUGGCCGCCACUGGUCAACUCUCUUCGUAUUUCUCUGGGUCCAGAAGUCCAGCUCUUCAAGUUGUCGAAGAAGAAGGAAGCUCCUCUGAUAGCCUUCUGAAAUCCACGUCUUCUAAUGGAUCCGACCAAAUUGGAGAGAUUCUGGACAAGCUGAAACUCGAAGGAAACGCUCGGCCAGGCACCCAGAGAUUGGCCACUUUCCAUUGA